AUGGCAUCAUUAAUAGUAGCUGGUGUUGUUGCGGCAGUAACGGAAGGAGCCACUGCAGUUGCAGGAACAGUAGCCACAACUGAAGCAGUAGCUGGAACAGUAGCUGCUGUUGGUGCUACAUCUGAAUUAGCAAUAGCUGGAAGUGCUGCUACAGCUGCAGCCAGUGUAGCUGCUGAAACAACAACUGUAGCAGCUGGAAGUGCUGCAGCAGCAUUAAUAGAUAUUGGUGCAGCUGCUGAAACAUGUACUAUAGCAACAUCAGGAGGUUUAGAUAUUGCCGGAUUAUCAUCUACUAGUUCAAUAGCAGCUCUUGGUGAAGUAGGCGAAACAGCAUUAACAGGCGUAUCAAGUAUGACACCAACAAUAGCAGAAGUAGCUGCAUUGCAAGCAGGACUAGCCAAUGUCAAUGCAUUAAUAGCAGCUGAAGAUGCAGCAGCUUUCACAAUAGGUGAAGUAGGAGGUGUUACUGCUGCUGGAACAUCAGUUGGUGGUGCUACAACAGCAUCAUAUUUAUCUUCAUUCCAAACUUUAAAUUCAUAUUUACUAUGGGGAGCAACUUCAGCUGGUGCAGCUCCAGGUGCUGUAUAUGAGGCAACAACAGAAGCCAUUACAUUGGGAUUUUCUGCAACUGUUGGUGGAACUGCUUCUGUUUCUACUGCAACAUUAAUUCAAGUAUUAUCAUCUGUAGCUGCAACUGCUAUUGGUGCUGGUUUUGGUAUAGGAGAAUCAAUUGCUGGCAGUGAUGAUAAUAAUAAUCAAACAGGAAUGUCAAUUACAGAGGCUGGAAAUCAUUAUCAAAGGACUUCAAUUGGGAAAGAGAUAACCUGA